ACGGAGUUCGCUAGUUCGUGCUUUCAUGAAUGAAAGCGGUGGGAAAGUAAGGAAAGAUAACACAUGCGGUUGUGAAAAGCACGCGCGUGUUUUUAUUGGCUGGAUAUUUAACAGGCUGUUAACAUAUGAAUUAAAUAGCUAAGGGAAAGAAGACGUGUGUUUUUUUGUAUUCGUUAUUUUUUUUCUCGCCAAUAGUAGACUAAUGAAACGAAUGGUUUAUGUAAAUUGUAUGUAAAAAUGACUAGGAGUGUUCGGACAGAACGUUCCUGUUUUCGAAAUGUCAUGAUAACAGACGGAAUUUCUAUAUAAGACACCGCAGAGGGCUGAGUCACUAGGCAGUGCUAAAAAGGCUUCUUUUGGAACUAGAAGCCGUCAGAAAUAUUAUUGGGAGGCGAUAUCCUACACGUGACCUGUUAUGCAAGCGUCGCUCAGUGGUCAAGCGGUGAUGGGCAAUGGGGGUGUCUAAGCGGACUGUGGGAUUCAUUAACUCUCGACGACGCUUUGUGACAGGACGUAUAUACCGCGGGAAACAAGUGCUUAGACGUCGGGAUCUUGAAUGUUGGCUGGCAUUUAAUAAAUGGACGCUUUAUACGUGCAUAUUUAUUAGUUAAUUUAAAUUAACUUUAUUGAUUUAAUGAAAUUUUUGACAGGCGAAAGAUGACAUAUAUAACACAUAUAAUUUUGUGGGGCUUAUUUUAAAAUGAAUAAUAUUUUUUAUUUUCAGUUAUAAAAAAAUAAAUAAAUUUACAGGAAUAAAUUAAUGACACACAAUUGCUGUGUAAGGACAAGUAGGUUUUUGUAUUUGAAGUGCAAAGCAAGUCGAAAUAACCGCAGGGAAGCGAGUGAUAUCAACUUGUCUUAUCGAUAAAGUAGUAAUUCCAAAACGUUUUUAUCACACGACAAAACCAGAACAGCUGAUUUAGCACAUGUGUUUCUGUAUACAGCGAUGACAUGAAAAGUAACUUUUUGUGUUAUUUACGAGCUAUUUGAUAGUUAAAUAUUUUGCAUUAUCACCGUGAUAUCUCGUUCAGGCCGAAUUUAAGGAAUUCGUUUACACGUUUUUACUUCUCAAGUUUGAACUUUAACGCCUCAAGUAAAUAAAAUCAAAGCACUGCAUUAACGUAUAAGGUCGGUGUCACGAAUAAUAUAUUGCGGUACUAGGCUGUACUAUAGCUCAGGCCGCGAUAUAAAAGACAAUAAAAGUUAUCGCCAUAAAGACAAAAUAUUAAUUUGACAGCGCAGAAUAAUUAAUUAGUAAGCGGAAAAAAUAAUUUAUCUCAAGGUUUGACAGUGUAAGCGGAGUACGAUGUCGCUUUGGGGAAAUUACUUGCUGCUAGUAAGCCUUCUCUGGAUGAGUAAUAGAACGUGUUCACAAGAAUUUGACCAAAUUCACUGGAAAAUCCAACGAGAAAGGGCCACGGAAAUCAUCAAAAACCAGAUUUUGAGAGCACUCGCGAGAAAUGACGCAGUGAAAGUGCCCCAAGGCGAUUUCGAAGAUUUAACUGAGACAGAAAGUUUUCAACAAAGUGUGAAUUUAAUAGCCACAGGGUCAAUAGAUACUGAACAAAAGCACACGCUCCAACCGGCGCGAGUAAAGCAGUCUGAACUGCACGAGCAUCACGUGCAAACAGAGAACGAGCCUCCACAAGAGGCACUGAUCAUAUUGGGUGAAGAAACAACAUCAUCAAAGAAGAGCAAAUGCCUCGUUUUCAAUUUUAAGAAGGCCAACAACACGAAGCCUUUUCGUAUGCCCCUAUACAUGUACAUACGUAAAGUACGGGAUACGGGUCAUGACGUCAAGCAGGCACGUGGUGCGCGUGAUGCGCAAAUCGCAGACACCGCCUCCGGAAGAAAUGACAACUCCGGGAAAAAGAAAAAGAACCAAAAGCGCAAAAACAAACGCACUAGGGGCAGAAAAAUUCACGUGACUAUUUCAGAUGGAGACAGUAAUAUUAAUCUUGUAAAAACUCAAAGGCGAAUUCAAAAAACUGGUUGGUACCAAUUUGAUUUGCCAAUUUCGCAUUUUCCCAGCGUAUUCAGUGCGCACGACUCUUACACGUUGUGUUUCCGGUGCAAACGGUGCAGUAAAAAAAUCAAGUUGGAAAUAGAACGGAAGAGGAAACGGCCCGGGGAACGGGCGUCCGGAAGGACUUUUAUUCCGUUUAUUCAUGUGGACUAUAGAUCGCCACUACCUCAGUCUAGUUAUAGACAAAAAAGAUCCAGCCACGGCAACUCUGCAUCGCAUAUACUUCACACCAAUCGUCAUGACAGGCAUAUGACGUCAACUCGUCAUGACAGUUCUAUGACAUCAUCCCAGAAAGAUUUGAGGCCACAGUAUAUACCAAAUUGCUGUGUGCAGAGCACAUUUCUACAGAAUAUUACCGCAGAUAUUUCGCGUGUGUUAUAUCCAGAAUCUGUUAAUGUAACAAUGUGUGCGACGUCGACGACAAACAUUUUAUUACGUCACGACACUGCUGACGUCACGUCAUUGAUCACGCCGUACAAUAAACUAUCAUGUGAACCGUACUUAUUUAAAGAUUUUAAUUAUGUUUAUCUUGAUAGGCACAUGAAAUUAAAACAGGGCGUUAUAAAACAUCUUAUUCCCCAGUCAUGUCAUUGCCUAGUCACAGCGUAAGCAUUUUCGUCAUUUAAUUGAGCCGCGCUCUGUUAUACGGGGGCUUAAUUGUUUUGCGUAAAUUGUCGUCCCAGAUUGGGUUGUGCAGUCAGAACAGGCUAAUCAGGGACGACACUUUCCGCCUUAACUUCAGCUUUUAUGGUAUUUUUAGCUCACCUGAUUGCUCAGGUGAGCUUUUGUGACCGGUCUUUGUCCGUCGUAUGUCCGUCCGUCCGUUCGUCCGUUAACAUUUGCUCGUAAACACUCUUGAGGCCACAUUUCUUGUCCCAUCUUCAUGAAACUUGGUCAGAAGCUUUGUCCCAACGAAAUCUCGGCAGAGUUCGAAACUGGGUUGUGCCGGGUCCAAAACUAGGUCACUAGGUAAAAAAAAAAGUAAAACCUUGUAAACACUGUAGAAGUCACAUUUUACGCCCAAUCUUCAUGUAAUUUUGUAAAAAUGUUUGUCUUAAUGAUAUCUUGGUUGAGUUUAAAAGUAUCCGUUGAAAAACAUGGCCGCCAGUGGACGGGGCAGUUUUCCAUAAUUGGCUAAAGAGAAACCUUGUAAACACUCUAGAAGUAACAAUUUUUGUCCAAUCAUCAUGAAAGUCGGUCAAAAUAUUGGUUAAAUUGAUGUCUCGGACGAGUUUGAAAAUGGUCGAGAUCGGUGAAAAAACAUGGCCGCCAGUGGGCGGGGCAUUUUUCUCUAUAUGUAUAUUGUGGCAGUUUUCCCUAUGUUGCUAUAGAGAAACCUUACAAACACUCUAGAAGUCACAAUUUUUGCCCAAACAUCAUGAAAGUUGGUCCAAACGAUGUUUUUAUUGAUAUCUCGGACGAGUCUGAAAAUGGUCGGGAUCGGUGAAAAAACAUGGCCGCCAGUGGGCGGGGCAUUUUCUCUAUAUGUAUAAUAAUAGUGAAAACAUGUGAACACAGUAGAAGUCACAUUUUUGGCCCAAUUUUCAUGAAAUUUGCUCAGAACAUUUGUUUCCUUGAUACGAGAGUUGCGUUCAAAAUGGUUCCGGUCAGUUAAAUAACAUGGCUUCUGGGAAGGGGGCAGUUUUCUCAAUAUGUCCCCCCCCCCCCUUUCGAAGAAGAGGGGGUAAAUUGUUUUGCUCAUGUCGGUCCGUCCGUCCACCAGAUGUUUUCUGGAUGAUAACUCAAGAGCGCUAAUGCCAAGGAUCAUGAAACUUCAUAGGUACAUUGAUCAUGACUCGCACAUGUCCCCUAUUGAUUUUCAGGUCACUAGGUCAAAGGUCAAGGUCACGGUGACCCAAAGCAGUAAAAUGGUUUCCGGAUGGUAACUCAAGCACGCUUAUGCCUAGGAUCAUGAAACUUCAUAGAUACAUUGAUCAAUACUUGCAGAUAACCUCUAUUGAUUUUCAGGUCACUAGGUCAAAGGUCAAGGUCACGGUGACCCAAAGCAGUAAAAUGGUUUCCGGAUGAUAACUCAAGAACGCUUAUGCCGCCUAGGAUCAUGAAACUUCAUAGAAACAUUGAUCAUUACUUGCAGAUAACCCCUAUUGAUUUUCAGGUCACUAGGUGAAAGGUCAAGGUCACGAUGUCCCGUAAUAGUAAAAUGGUUUCCGGAUGAUAACUCAAGAACGCUUAGGCCUAGGAUCAUGAAACUUCAUAGGUACAUUGAUCAUGACUCGAAAAAAGCCGCUAUUGAUUUUCAGGUCACUAGGUCAAAGGUCAAGGUUACGGUGACCUGAAAUAGUAAAAUGGUUUCUGGAUGAUAACUCAAGAACGCUUGUGCAUAGGAUCAUGAAACUUUAUAGGUACAAUGAUCAUGACUUGCAGAUGACCCCUAUUGAUUUUCAGGUCACUAGGUCAAAGGUCAAUGUCACGGUGACCUGAAAUAGUAAAAUGGUUUCUGGAUGAAACUUCAUAGGUUUUUUAUCAUGACUUGCAGAUGACCCCUAUUGAUUAUCAGGUCACUAGGUCAAAGGCCAUGGUCACAGUGCCAAAAAUGUAUUCACACAAUGGCUGUCAAGGUCACGGUGACUCAACUUAGAAAAAUUGUUUCCGGAUGAUGACUCAAGAAUGCUUACGCCUAGGAUCAUGAAACUUCAUAGGUACAUUGAUCAUGACUCGCAGAUGAAAUAAUGAUGAAACUUGACCAGGAUAUUUGUCUGGACAAUAUCUAGGUCAAGUUUGACAUUUGGUAAAGAUUGAAUGAACCGACUCCUCUCAGGUGAGCUAACAAGGGCCAUCUUGGCCCUCUUUUUCGUGAAAAGAAAGUAUCUUGGUAGCAAAAAUCCAAAAUCAGCGGAAAGUGUCGUCCCCCAAUUAGCCUGUGAGGUAUGCACAGGCUAAUCUGGGAUGACACCUAACGCCCAUGCAUUAAGGCCCGUUUACACAGAGCGAGACUCAUGUUGUUUUUAUGUUUAUAACACACGUGUUUUUUACAGUUCAUUUCGUAUUUUAGAAAAUGUUAACUUUAAUUAACUUUGUGUUUGGAUUUCAAGUAUAUUUACUUUUCGCAAUGGUACAAUAAUUGAUAAUUCUCGGAAAACCGCUUCAGUCCUGUUAUAUUUAAAGAAUUUUAUUAUAUAUUUUUAGAAACAUUCGUAUACAAAAUAUUAAACGUGUAAUUGUACAUAUAGUAUUUUCCAGAUAUACUUGAUCAUCACAUAUUGCGUGUAUGAAGCAUGUUCACUUAUGUAAUAUCGUUUCAAAGGAGACGCGUUCAACAUAUUUCCAACAUCCAGAAUGUGUCCGAACUUUCUCCACUACUCAUUUUAAUCGUCAUUUUUUCCCAAAAAUGAUUCGAACUGUUGUAAAGCGUUCUAUAAUGUGUUUGUUGCUACUGCCAGUACUAUUUUAGUCAGUUAAUCCCCAUAUCAUACAUUCCCGGUUACAUUUUAAAUGCAAUUGUUCACAGAAUUUACUAUUAUUUUUGUUAAACAUUACAUUUUUAGCUUCGCAUCUAACUAGCUUGACAUAUGGUUUAAGUGCAUAAAGCGUUUGCAGAGAAGUCACGAUCAGUAUUACUGCCAUUCGUCAUACUGUAAGCAUAUUUUAAGGUUUGCCCUUUAAGUCAUUCUGUGAACAAAACACUUUUAAGUAAAGCUUUUAAGUUAAGAUUAAUUUUAUACACACAUAUUACCAUUAUUAUUCAGAAUUGUGACUUUAUUCAAUCAUUCUGUAUAUGAGAGUUCUCCAUCAUUUGUAUUAUAUUGUGGGUUGGUUUGGUUAAAUGUGUAUACAUUUACGACCAACUAAAAUCUUGUUUGCAUAAAAACAUGGUAUAUUCAUAUAAAUGACAGACACUUUACUGUGCAUAUAAUUAUUUAAAACUUUUUCAAGUGACACUGUCUAACUAUGGUUGUACGAGUACCUUUAAACGUUCACAAUCACAAAAUCGGAAAGUGCCGUCUCUGAUUAGCCGGUGCAGACUUCACAUGCUAAUCUGGGACGACAUUUUACGCACAUUCAUUUAGCUCCCUUUUCCUAAAGCGUUGCUCUAUUUAUGAUAUUAUAAACACAAGUAUAUUACUGCAUCUUCCAACUUAACAAAAAAGAGGUGACCGGUUACCAGUUUUUUUUUCUGUUGUUUGACUACUUAACAUAGAGACAUGCCUGGCAAGUAUUUUGGGAUAACCUUGAUCUAUAUUUAAUUUCAAUGUUGUAAAGUACACGCUCUAAUUAAAAAAAUAGGACAUAUCGGUCACAAGUAAGAACUACGUUAAUAUCAGAUGAAUGUGAGUGUUUUUGUAAAGACAUUGUUAUAAUUCCCGUGCAAAGGUGUAAAAUUUAAAUUGAUCGGUUCAUGUGUGGUGUUUUAAUGCAAGAUCUAAGCGAGUCCAGUGACUACUGUCUCGCCGCAAUGACAAAUGAUGAUACAUUAUGCACAAAGUUGCUCGAAGGUUACAGCAAAAUGACAUCAAAUACAGGCCAAACAUUUCAUCAAAUAUAGGCCAAGGUUAGCGUGACAAUCGCAAAUAAAGUACAAUCAACUCAAAUUUGGUGUCCACUGGCUCCGGGCCAUAAAUAUGUUGAUAAAUUAUGCAAAAAGGUUUUGCAAGGUUACAGAAAUCGUGACAAUCGCAGAUACAUCUAGGCAAACUGAAACGCAAGAACUUUUAUAAGAGGAGGCAUUCUGGUCACCAUCCGUUAUGUUUAUUGGUUUGUUACCCAUUGCCUAUACAAUACAUUACAGUCAAAAACAUACUUCAAUGAGAUAAAGUGAGGUCAUCACCCUCGAAUCGUUCAUCACAAAGCAUAAGUUGGUAAGCUGGUUUAAAAGCUUAUAUUGCUUAUUCUAUAUGAUACAAUAGCAAUCUGAUAAACAGAUCAUACCUUUAUGAUAAAAAAACGGAUAGGAUUUAACGUAUAUGUUAUAUAUUUUACACUCGCUCUGGAAAAAAGGGUCUUAAUUCAUAUGCGAAAAGUAUCGUCCCAGAUAGGCAAGUGCUGUCUGCAUAGGCUAAUCAUUGACGACACCUUCCGUUUGACUCGAUUUUUGUUUUAAAAAUAUAUUCCUGAAACGAAAAAGAAAUCCACGAAGGCGGAGUUUCAUCCCUUAUUAGCCUCUGCGGACGUCAGAGGCUAAUCUGGGACGUUACUUUACGCCUAUGCAUUAAGCCCCAUUUUUCGAUGUCAUGCCCAACGCCUUUUAAGUCCAAUUAUGUUCAAUCAAUGCUGGUAUUAGCCCGUUUCAUAAAUAAAAGAUAAUUGGAAAAAAGCGCUUUUUAAUUUAAAAAAAAGUUACAUCAGGCAGCUUGAGAUUUCGUGGCAUAAAAAAUCGUUUUUGUGGACACUAUAGUACGUAGAUUUCCGAUUUUGAAAAAAAUGAUAAAUUUGCGUGGGUCAUUUUAAGGCGUGAUUGCGUUUAAUUCAUGGAUCGGUCAACCAAAUAAAUCAGCUAAAAUUAAUGUCAUAAGAAUAAUCAUGAUUUUACACUAUGAGAAGGCUAAUACACACUAUGAGGAGGCUAAUACACACUAUGGGAAGGCUAAAACACACUAUAAGACGGCUAAUACACUCUAUGAGAAGGCUAAUACACACUAUGAGAAGGCUAAUACACACUAUGAGAAGGCUAAUACACUCUAUGAGGAGGCUAAUACACACUAUGAGGAGGCUAAUACACACUAUGAGAAGGCUAAUACACACUAUGAGAAGGCUAAUACACUCUAUGAGGAGGCUAAUACACACUAUGGGAAGGCUAAAACACACUAUAAGACGGCUAAUACACUCUAUGAGAAGGAUAAUACACACUAUGAGGAGGCUAUUACACACUAUGAGAAGGCUAAUACACACUAUGAGAAGGCUAAUACACACUAUGAGAAGGCUAAUACACACUAUGAGAAGGCUUAUACACACUAUGAGAAGGCUAAUACAUGAAAACUGUAAAAUGCGGAUUGUAUGUUUACGUACAUAUUUUUAUAACAUUAAGUUAACACAAGAGAAAAAUUAUUCGCGACUGAAAAUGACGUUAUUUUACUAGUAUAGAUAUUUGUCGUACUUUCGACGAAAUGGCAUUGAUAUUUAUAGAAGCUCGCAUAUUUUCUUGUCAUUGUGUCACGUAUUUAUUGUUAUGUUUAUCACACUAUAAAUAUUAUAACAUUGUUAUAUUUAUGUUACAUACGAAUGUUAUAUGUAUGUAUGUAUGCGUUAUAUCGUAUCUUGUAAAAACGUUUUAUGAACAAGUUACGACAUUUUAAACUGUUUUAAAUAUUGUGUAUUUUAGAGUAACAGUUUACGUUAAUUAUUCUGUAUUUCUACUUAGAUCUUUAAUUGUUAUGAUGUUACAACAUCUAUGACGUUUAUGUGUUAGUAUCGGACCUCAUUUACUAUUCAAUGAUACUAAAUAGAGUACGCCAAUAACCGGUGAAAUAUAUUUAUUACGAUUCUGCAUUUUUGUUAUAAGCAGUUCCGUCUUAUCAUUAAUUGUUAUGAUUUCGAAAUCAACUGAUAUAUUGACUAUUGUAAAUUUAGUGUUUAAAACAUGGAACAUAUAUAUUUCGCGUUUCGUGAAAACUGUGCGAAAUGCAUGUGAGUAAACUGCCGUGCCAGAUUAAAAUGUGUUAAACGCCCAGGUUAUUCAGGGUGACACUUUUCGCUUUUAUGAUAUUUUUCGUUGUAAGUAAGUCCCUUCUUGGAACAAAUCCAGUCGAAGCGGAAAGUGAUGUUGAUUGGCUGAACUGCUUACAUAAGGUAAUCAGGAAAGACACGUUACGCACAUGCAUUAAGCCAAUCUCCAUGCAGAGUUGUCGUUCCUUGCUCUCACAUACAAUCUCGGCCAGCACAAGAAAAUCCUACCAGUACCAGAUUAUGUAGGAUUUUAUUAAAUUGGUUUAAGUAUUAUACUAUGAAAAGUAGUAUCAUUUUCUUUUACAUUUUGACAAAAGUGUACAAGUUAAGGUUCAAAUUAAAUAUAAAAUUGCCUAAAAAAAGUAAAAAUUACAACUGUAAAAUUGUUGUACCACGUGGCUAGGCUAUCAUCACGUGGUUGGUUAUGAAGGCAGGGAUUUGAUUCAACUAUGCUGGUUCUCUGUAAUUGUUCUAUAUAUUUGCCAUAUAUAAGGCGAUUCCAACAUAACUGCGUUUAUUUUUAGAAGACGACGCUAUUGUGUUUGAAACGGAUUUAAUUGAAAGGAAAUUAUAUGUGCAUUAAUAUUUAUAUGCGUUUUAGUAGUAUUGGAAUAGGCAUGCAGUAUUCAUGUCACAAUUUCAUUAAAUGGGUUGUUUAAGUGUAUAAAUAUUAUUCGAACAUCGCAAUCAAAUAAAGCAGGUUGAAUUUUUAACCCAUGUAUGCCUAGCGUCUAGAAAAAAAGGCCUUUGCAAACAGCGUAGACCCAGAUAUGACGUCUCAUGAUGCGGCGUCUCAUCCGGGUCUGCGCUGUUUGCUUAAAGGAAUUUCUGUAAGAAAUAUUGUAAAUAUAGAAUAAAAUAUACUAAACAUCCCUAAUUUUGGAAAUAAAUUGAUCCAAUUUAGAAGAAUGGGAGUGUCCACUAGGCAUAAAUGGGUUAAUCUGCAUACGAACUGUGCAUUCGUAUAUGUAAAUGUGUGUUCUUUUAUAAUGACUCAACGUAUUUAUUUGAACCAAACUAAACUCUGUUCUUUUAGUUUCACGAAGAUCUGUAUCAUGUUAAAGAUUUGUUCAAGUUUAUUCUUGUCAUUAUUUUGUGUGUUAUAAUAUGUUGUAGGGUAUUUUAAUAAAUUAAAAUACAUGUU